AUGUGUGUGAUAAUGAGUGAUGUUUUUGAUGAUAAUAACGACAACGAAGACAUUGAGUUCGCGAACAGAGAGUGGAAUAAAUUGAAUAAAAGUUUGCAAAAAGAUGGCUUUAAAGAUGGUAUACAUGAGGGACGAGAGACUGGUCUUCAGAAGGCGUUUGAUUUGGGAUAUAAACUAUCUUUUGAUCCAUUUUUAACCAUUUCUUCGUUUGAAGCCAUUAUUGAGUAA